AUGAGUGCUCCGUUAAUCCCAAACAAGUCAUGUUAUGCCCAGCUUCAGGACAACCACAGCGAAAUAAAAAAUAAUAAUGAAAGCAUAGUGAGUGUGGGGGAUACCAAUGCCAACCAAAUCGUGACAAAAGUUAGAACCACUGAAAGAGAUGUUAAAAAACGUGAUUUGACAGAUGAGAGUGGGAAUAUACACUCUGGAGGAUCAGAGAAAGUUACUCAUUUGAAUACAGAGCAGAAUAAACUUCUGACCUUCAGAGACUCUCGGACCUGUCACACCAGUGUGCAGGAAAGUAAUCUGCCCUCCACCACAAGCAGGGAAGUGGGGAAAGAUUGUAGGACCAGCGAAGCUAAGGAUAUAUCAAGGCAUAUCAGGAUUAGCCGAGGACAAAGUCUGUCCAAUUUAAAAAGUAGCACAAAUGAUGCCAACCUGGAGGUUAUUUCCAAAGGUGACGUUGACGUCACUCAGAACUUUUCUAAGGGUAAAAUGUCCAGGACUGUGGAGAUGGAGAGAAUAAAAAGGCUUUCUCUAGGAAGACCAAGUAAAUUCUCUCCUCAAUCUGAAACAUUUGCAAAAGACUGCGUUGGCCGCGUGUCAUGUAAACGUCUGCUUUCUGCAUCAUUGGACUCCAUCGACAGGUCACACCAUCUGAUAGGAAAUACAGAGAAAUCACAAAAAACAUCCACGGAUCAUUUUCUUGGGAUGGUGUUUCAUCCACUUGACAAUACCUCAGAGGAAAAUACUGUAUUUUAUUCCAAACCAUCUACCUCAGGGAACAAGAAAAUAAGUAAACCAGAAAAUGUACCAAAUGUUAACAUUGAAAGCACAUUGCAUACUUCUCAUUCUCAACAUUCAGCUGUUAAGCCCAAUGAGAUUGCUAGUAAAUCAGAAGCACAAUUAGGUCAGGGUGAUAAAAGUAAAAAAUUGGAGCUUAAGACUGCACCAUCUCUACAAUCUAAAAACACGUGUCAACAAAAGAUUGAGAGAAUUAUGCUGGUAGAGUUCACGGGAUGUCAAAAAGAUGAAAAUACAGCAAUGCAGGAACAGAAAGGCUCUUUGUCUGAUGCAUCAAAAUUUCAAGCAUCCCAUUUUCAAGACACUUGUAAUAAAGUAGAGGAUCCAUUGUCAAGCCAGGUGGUAACCUAUCGUAAUGAUAAAUUGCUAAGUGAUAACAUCACCAUCGGUGGGGAAGGGGGAGGAAGCAAUGACAGUGACAACAGGGCAACUAACCAGGUUGCUGAGGAAUACUUUACUGACAAAGAAGUGGAAACAAUAUUCCCACUCACUUGCAGUAGUAAAUCCAGUGACAAAGCGACACCUGGAAAAAAUGAAAAUUUACAUGGAGCUGACACGGGUUGCACUGAAACAGUUGGUGAACAGAUAUCUCUUACACAUAACAUUAAUCUACCUGACAGCAAACCCUUGAAAGCUAAUGAGAAUAAACUGAUGCUAGUCAAAGGAAGCACUGAGGAUGCUGCUGUGCCUGCUUCUGAUCUCUCAGAUCAGCACAGAGCAUGCCGUGAAGAGACAGUGUCAAACCAGGAACCUGACAACAACGACAAUGAUGCGGAAACCUUGAGUUUUUCAGUUCCAAGUAAAAAGACAGCUCAUGCACAGAAACAUCCUCCAGAUGAAGCACCAGGGAGCUGUAAAGUUUCUGCAAAGGCUGAUGCCUUUUUAUGUGUCUCAACUCCUGUGCACCCGGUGUCAACGCUGGAUGUCAAUAGUCAACCCACGCUAUCAAACAGUAAUUUAAAGGACCUUUAUGCACUUCAUGUUGCCAAACUGUCACCCUCCUCAGUCCUACCUCCCAUUGACAGUACGCAGUUGUUAAACAUAUCCCCUAAAGUGCCUAUCAAGACUGCUUGCACCAGUGCCAUCCCAAAACCUAUCCUGGUCCACUCCAAGGGCUCCCUUGCAGAUAAGGCAGAUGUGGACAGUGACUGCAGUGAAAAGCUGGAAGAAAGCAUUGAGAUUAAACCUGCAAUACCUAGGCCCAAACCUGUGAGACCUAAAAUCAUCACAUACAUUAGACGAAACCCUCGUUCGAUAGAGCAGCUCGACCCUUCAUUUGCGCCCCCGGGUCUGCCCUUCGGUACCCCUGCGUGUGGCUUGCCCAUCUCUGCGGAGCAGAAGGCAUCCAACGGAGAGGAGGCAAAGCCCCCCAACAUCCUGUAUGACAAAUUUAAGCCCGACCUCCAGAAGCCAAGACUCUUCAGUUCAGGGCUGGUGGUGUCAGGAAUUAGACCCACAGGUCAUCACUUUGGUCCGAUGAGUGAGAAGUUUCUGCAGGAGGCUGGGGAAAGGCCUGCAAAAGAUGAAUUUUGCCCUCCACCAUAUACUCACUACGAGGUCCCACCAAGUUUUUAUCGAUCCGCCAUGAUACUCAAGCCACAGUUAGGACUGGGUGCAGUGUCCAGGUUACCAUCUGCAAAAAGCAGGAUUCUCAUUGCAAGUCAAAGAUCCUCAGGUAGCUGUCUCCAUCAGCAAGGAGAAAUAACAAGUGCUCCCAGCCUCUAUCAUCCUGAUGCUUCAGUUGAUCUUAAGAAAGGCUCAUGUCCAAGUGCUGCAAAGUCAAAUCUCCCCAAGCCCUGCCAGUCUGGACUUCGUCCUCCAGGUUAUUCACGAUUGCCAGCAGCUAAACUGGCUGCAUUUGGUUUUGUCAGGAGCUCAAGUGUAUCCUCUGUCUCCAGCAACCAGUCAAACGACAGUACUCAGAGUGAUCAAAGCAGGACAACCAACC